UAAUUCUCCUUAUGAAUAAAGCAACGUAAUGAAACUAAAAUAAAAAGAGAGAGACAGGAAGAGAAGUGUGCUCCUUUCACAAAGCCUCUGGCUCAUUCAGAACCGCCGUGGACGUUGAUUUUCCGGUAACACCUCGCCGUUACCGCCACGAAUUGAAUCUCCGGUGAAAUUUGAUUACAUGAUAGAAGAAAUAGGAAGCUCAUGGAUAGAACCAGAGAGUCUAGAAGAUCAUCUACCAACGGAUUUCCAAAGCUCAGACAUCGGAAUAUUCCUCUCAGAGAUUCUUCCGAAGUUGGAGCGGCGGAGCUGAGAGAAGCUCCGAGUAAGAGAGGAAGGAAUCGAGAUAAGGAUAGGGAUUCUUCGAGUAAGAGAAGGAGAGGCUCUCACUGUCACAUAGACGAAGAUGAACAAGGCACUGAAGAGAGCAUCGGAAAUGAACAAUAUAAUAAUUAUCGAGACGCUGGUUUAUCUCGGAUCCGUUUACCGACGCCGGUCGACUCCGAUCAAAAUUAUCACCGGAACUUCACGCCGGAUAAACCGCCGUUGUUUCAGAAAACCGACGAGAUGAUCGGUGUUGCAGUUCCAAGGAAAGCUCGUUCAGCUUCUGUGAAAAAGUCACACGAAAAGUGGAUCGCUGCACGCGGUGGCGGGGAGGAGCAUAGUUUUCGGCGACAGCCUAAUUCUCCGGGAGGAGCAGAACUCUUGCCGGCGACGGCCUUGCCUUCUUCGAAUGUUUCUUCUAAGCAGAAGAUGAAAGCGAUGGGAGAUAUUGCUAAAACGUCUAAAUCGUCUUCAUCAGACAUGGAGAUUGAGAUAGCCGAGCUUUUAUACGGUUUGAUGACUUCCAAGAACCAUGAGUCUUCGUCACAAAAGCUUGAUGCAACCAUCAAUCACAACGCCUCUAUUGAUGUUGAGAAGAAGAAAUCGGAAGACUGCAAUUCAACCGAGGAGUUGAUCAUGAUUCAUAGUGAGCAACCUGCAGAUGUGGGCAGUCACGAUGGUAGUGCUACUUGUCAUGAAAAUGGAUCAUCGGAGGUUCAAAAAAAGGACAUUGGGGAAGACAACAUGUAUUUGGAUGCUGGAUUUGGUGGUUCUUCAGCAGAUGGAAGACCUGUAUCCACUACAUGGGGGUCACAAUCAUGUUCCAAGUUAGAUGCUGAUAAACAGUACUCAGGAUCAGCCAGAGUGAUGCCUUCUGCUCUGGAGGAUAAUACUCAAAGAGUAUGCAAGUUCGACAUAGAUUUGAUGGCUCCUCCUCCUCCUCCUCUGACCCUGUCUCGAGAAGGGAAUCAUUUGUCACAAAGCGGUUUAACAUCAGAAAUUAAAAAGUUAGCACCGGACUUGGAAAUGAUGAGCGAAGAUAGUAUCAAGGUUGAAGACAAGGUGGAAAGACUAGUUACAGUAGAGAAAGUACCCGAAGAAAUUGAAGCAGCAAAUUUGGACGUGAAAAAGUUGGAUGUGUUAAAACAUUAUAUGGUGAAGCCAAACAAUGACAAUGAGAUCAAGACAAACAAUAAAUUAGAAGAGCAGGAUAGAAAUAAGGAACAUUCUACUGCAUUGUCAAAUUCCAAAGUUCAAACAAUUGCUCGUUCUAGUUCAGUGCCUCUAUCAGCCGCUGUAUCAGGACCGUCGGGCAGUCUCUCUCCAAUUGGAUGCACGCCUCCCUUGCGGACAGUUGUGAAGACAGAUAAAACCACUGGCUCAUCAACAGCACAGCAUGUGAAUUCCGUUUUCUCUCAACCACAACGAAAGAGAUGCGCAACCCAUUAUCACAUUGCUCGUAACAUCCUACACCAGCAGUUCACAAAGACAGACCCCCUUUUGUCAGCAGGAUCUGGUUCAAUUUAUGCCACAAAAAGGAACGAUGUCAACUGUCUUCUUCUGGAAGAAAGUAUGGUUGUUAGCAAGCAAUCUGAGAAACACUUGCCAGUUUCAAACCAAAAUUGUGCACAAGAGAAAGGGUUGGCUGCCACAAGUGAUCAUAAUCUCACUGCAACUAAAAGUUCUAAAACUGCCAAUCCAGUAGAUUCAACACAUCAGAUGCAGUUUGUGCUACAAGGUCAACAUCCCGGGUCAACUGGGAAUCUAGUGCAUGGUCCUGCUUUCAUAUUUUCUCCUGUCCAUUAUCAAGCAUCAGUUGUAGGAGCUUCUAAUCAAGCAGGAGGUGCGAAUUCUCCCGGCAAUGCUUCCUCAUAUAAUAGGUCUCAGCAUUCAAUUGCCGGAUCUCCCUGUACCUCCUCAACUUUGCCAGCUGCUGCUUCUGCAAUGAGCUUUAACUACCCUCAUUUUUCAGCUAAUAAUUCUCCAUAUGCCACUAUAGUUCACAAUAACGGGUAUUCAUUCCCCAUUUCGGCAACUUCUCUGGCAGCAACUGCAGCAAUCAAAGGUGCAAGCCCUUCACAAACAACACAUAUACAAAGCGGGCCUCUGUACUCUUCUCAAACAUUCCAACCUUUUCAGGAUCCACAACAGCACCCUCACUCACAAGCACUACUACAACCAAGUUAUCUUGCUGCACAGACAUCUUGUAGUUCAUCGUCUCAUAUGCAGUCACAUCGUGCACAAGUAAAUGGUAAUAAUAUCUUGACCUCCACAGCUGCAGAACGACAGUCACAAAAACAACAGACUCCACAGUCUCAUCCUCACAAGCAAGAGGCUAAGGCGAGUGGAAAGAGUGUACAGUCUGUAGCUAAUCUUGCAUCUUACCCAAUAAAGAAUUUGCAAGGGCAGAACUUCACGAUUCCAGUUCAGCCAGUGAACUUUUCUUUCAAGCCAUGUGCAACAUCUGAUAUUGUUGGCGGAAACAGUAAGCAGCAACAGGCUUUAAAUGGGGGAGUUGAGGUUAUACCAUCUCAAGCAUUUGCAGUAUCAUUUGCUUCAUUUAACGGAACAAAUCUUCCAUCAAACCUUAAUUUCUCAUCCAUGAAACAGAAUCCAGUGGUAAUUCAAAGUCUGCCUGAUGCUGCACGGCAAGGAUAUCAGGCUGCAAGUACACCUCAUACUGUUCAGCAGAAGACUUACUCAACUACUGUAGAGAAGAGAGGAGGAAAUUCCUCCCACCAAGAUGAUGAUAAAAAAACCACUCAUGGUAAGUCAUCAAUUAAUGGGCCAACCACCCUUGUUUUCGAUAAUUCGUCAAAGAAUAUUAACUUUGUGCUAUCUCCUUCAAAUGGAAACUGGCCUAGUCACUCCAUUGCUUCCACUGUGAUAACAACCAUGCCUUUUUCCAGCAAUACUUCAAGUUCUCAACAGUCUUCACAACUGCUUCAGAAGCAGCAUGGUAUGCAACAACAGCAACCUACAACGGCUAUUCGAAAUAAAGCUUCAUCCACCAAUACCGCUUCUGCUACAAAAUUUGCUAACAAUGGCCCUGUUUUCUCACAAAGUCACACUCAAUUCAAAAGUUCUAACCAAACUUCUCACUCUAAGAUCACGGGAAGAACGAUGGGUUCUCAUGUUAAUCAUUCAUCUAGUAUAACAUCCAAGACUGCAACCGCCAAAAAUAUUUCUCAGGAGAAAGGAAGAGGGUCACAGGGUCAUAUGCAAAUUUCUUUUGGAGGAGAUUACACAACUUCUUUGUCACCCCGAGGGCAACAGCAACUAAAUAACAGCCAAUCUUUGUGUACAACAGCUGCAGGUACUCCUUUUGAUGGGGGCCACUUGAAGCCAAAUUCAGAAGGUUGGAAAGUCAAUCCAUCAGUGAAUACUUCACAGUUGCAACAAACUGAGAAUUCUUCUGCUGGGAGUAGCCAAAAAUCUUCCCCAGUUUGUGGGAGAAAUGUUCCAUCAAUCUUAAGCUCAUGUCCCAGCCACUUAUCUGAGCUGAAGUAAAGUACUAGAAAAUCAAAAUAUAUACUUUACCAAGGUCACUUAAAUUUGAAGGAAAAAGUCCAUGCAGCUUAUAUCACACUCGUGGAAGGUACAGUUUUGUCAUAGCAGCUUAGUCCUAGAGUCUUACUUGUUCUUUACUUAGACAAAAAUGAUAUAUGAGAGCUCAUGUGAAUUUCAAUGAGGUGAUAGGAUGGAUGUAUGAUACCACAUUUGCUGGUGGAGUUGACAAAGAAAUAGUGGUAAUGAAAGGAAGUUGGAAUCUAUUGGGCCUGCAAUUUUGAAAAAGUAGGGACCGUUUGGUAUAUUGUCAUAUUUCUUGGUUGGUUACUCUGUGUUGUAGGAUUCAUCAGUCUCGCGGGGUCUAAUUAAUUUGACAUAGAAAAAGCAAUUAUAUUAAUAUGUAUAUAUGUUUUUUUUUCUCCCUACUUAUAUUAAUUCAUUAAUGAAAAAGUUGCAAUUAUUUCUUUCGCUUUUA